AUGGACGGAAUCACCCACCUCUCCGUAAUCUACUAUUCGAAUACUCCGCCUGAAAUCCGCACCACUUCAGAUUCGUGGUAUGCCUUUAAAGACAACGGUAAAUACCAUGAAUAUCAUGAUUACUAUAAACCUCAUCACGAACAUUACCAUCCGCACCACGACUACUACCACCCCCAUCAUGAACAUCAUGAACACGGAAAACAUCACGAUGUAGACCAUUAUGACGAGCAGCCGCAUUAUUACGACUAUAAGGAUCAUCACAAGGAUGACUACGAUAAAUACUAUGGUUACGAAAAGCACAAGCAUGACGAUGGUCAUCAUAAAGAUUAUUAUGGUCACCACGAUUCUAAACAACUCCUUGAUGAACUUAAAGGUCAUGACCACUACCACGACUAUUACCAUAAAAUUUGA